CUGGGGUAAUUAUUUGGUAGUUUCCCCGGUUUCCCUGUGUUGGUUUUCGGACACCCGAGUCGAUUCAUCAUGGUUCGCCGAAUUGUUCCAACUACUCCUAUGGCACAAUCGCCCAUGUCGCCACUUGGCGCAACAUAUUGUGUCCGUCCUAAUUCUGUUUCGAUGAAUAUCCAUCGCAGACCACUCGUUGUUGCAUCAACAGAUGAAGCCAAGGUCACUAUAAUAUAUGCCGGCUUGUUAAUUCCUGGUGACGGAGAACCUCUGCGCAAUGCCGCUCUAGUCAUCAGCGAUAAAAUCAUCGCGUUCGUUGGGCCCGAAUCCGAUAUUCCUAAGAAAUACCUCCGGUCCACGCAGUCUACUCACCGUGUCCCUGUGCUGAUGCCCGGAUUGUGGGAUUGCCACAUGCAUUUUGGCGGUGAUGACGACUAUUACAACGAUUAUACUUCUGGUCUGGCCACCCAUCCAGCAUCAUCAGGAGCUCGACUAGCCCGUGGUUGCUGGGAAGGAUUGCAGAAUGGGUAUACGUCCUACCGCGACCUGGCCGGAUAUGGGUGCGAGGUCGCGAAGGCAAUUGAUGACGGCACGAUCGUUGGGCCAAAUGUGUACUCGUCCGGCGCUGCUCUUAGUCAAACGGCUGGACACGGCGAUAUUUUCGCUCUUCCCGCAGGUGAGGUCCUGGGAAAUUAUGGAGUCACGAACCCUCGGCCUGGAUACUGGGGAGCAGGACAGCUAUGUAUCGCCGAUGGCGUGGAGGAAGUCCGACGAGCAGUGCGGUUGCAACUCCGUCGCGGUGCAAAGGUUAUCAAAGUUAUGGCUUCAGGGGGUGUCAUGUCGCGAGACGACAAUCCCAACUUUGCACAAUUCUCUCCAGAGGAACUCAAGGUGAUGGUGGAAGAGGCUGCUCGACAGAACCGGAUCGUUUCUGCACAUGUACACGGCAAGGCGGGAAUCAUGGCUGCUAUCAAAGCAGGUUGCAAGAGUCUGGAGCAUGUGUCUUAUGCUGACGAGGAAGUGUGGGAGCUUAUGAAAGAAAAGGGAAUUCUUUAUGUGGCGACGCGCUCAGUUAUUGAAAUAUUUCUCGCUAGCAAUGGAGAGGGGUUGGUGAAGGAGUCGUGGGCCAAGUUACAGGCGCUUGCUGAUUCGCAUUUGAAAGCUUAUCAGGGGGCUAUCAAGGCGGGUGUUACUAUUGCCUUGGGAACUGAUACCGCUCCUGGUGGACCUACCGCGCUGGAGUUGCAGUUUGCCGUUGAAAGAGGAGGCAUGACACCGUUGGAGGCCAUCAAAGCCGCAACUGCAAACGCUCCCUUGUCGGUUGGACCACAGGCACCGUUGACGGGUCAGCUUCGUGAGGGGUACGAGGCAGAUGUGAUUGCGUUGGAGGAGAAUCCAUUGGAGGAUAUCAAAGUCUUCCAAGAACCAAGGGUGAUUACCCACGUCUGGAAGGGAGGUAAACUGUUCAAAGGCCCUGGGAUUGGUCCGUGGGGGGAAGAUGCACGAAAUCCUUUUCUGUAGUUUAUUAUACGAUUCAAU